GCUUCAGGUCCUCUACUCUACUUCUUGACAUUCGUCGCCGAGCUCAUGUGGACCGAGCACAGAAAUCCCGAAGGACGAACCUAUUGGUUCAAUACCAGUACUCGCGAGAGUGUUUGGGAGAAACCUGACGAUCUCAAGACACCAUUUGAGCGCGCGUUAGGUGAGACGAAGUGGAAAGAGUAUUUCUCGGGCGGUCGCAAGUAUUACUACAACACCGAGUCGAAGGAGUCGAAAUGGGACAUGCCAGACGAGCUCUUGCUUCUUCUGGAGAAAGUAGAGAAAGAAUCUAGCCCAGCGCCUGCGCCCACUGCCACUCCUAGCGCCCCUCUUGCAAUCACCUCAGGCCAAGCGACCCCAGCGGUCAUCGAUAACUCCAAGGCUUUAGUGUUGCCUGGCCAGGUGAACGGCACCGAUGCACUAGCCAAUCAGGCACCCUCCGGAGCCUUACCCGCUCGCCCAAAUCUCCCCGAAGAUCCUGUUAUCCCCCAUAACGGGUUUGCUACCUUUGAGGAAGGAGAGAAAGCGUUCAUCCACCUGUUGAGGAAAGCUGGCGUUAGCGCAGACUGGAGCUGGGAUCAAACAAUGAGAACUAUCAUCACUGAUCCGUUGUAUAAAGCACUAAACUCUCUUGCUGAGAAAAAGGCAACUUGGCAAAAGUACACAGAGGGACUUAAGCAGAAAGAACAAGAAGAGCGUGAUUCACGCUUGUCUAAGCUGCGCCCUGCGAUAAGGAAUAUGCUAAGAGGCAAUCCCAACGUAUUCCAUUAUAGCACGUUUGCGACCGCAGAUAAGCUCUUUUCGCAGCACCCCAUAUGGCAGCAAGCCAAGAUCGAGACCGAACGCAAGCUUAUUUUUGAAGAGUACGUCGAUGAGCUGAAACAACGUGAAGUGCAAGAAAGUCGGGCGGCCCGAUCUCGCAGCGUUGCCAAAGUGGUACAGCUGUUCAAGACGUUGGAAGUGGAUGUUCUCACUCGUUGGAGGAAAGCUCAUGAUCUUUUGGUAAACUCUGAUGAGUGGCUGACUGAUCUUGAGCUCCAAAAGCUCCCUACUCUCGACAUCCUCCUCGCGUUCGAGGAUUACAGUCGAGUGAAGGAACGGGAGUUUGACGAAGAGAUGCGGCGCACACAGCUGGACAAAACUAGAAGAGAAAGAAAAGCAAGGGAGGGGUUCAAGGCUUUAUUGCAGGAAUUAAUUGAGUCCGGGAAGAUCAAGGCUCGUACCAAAUGGAAGCAAGUCUAUCCUUCAUUUGCUUCUGAUGAACGCUACCUGAACCUGCUCGGCAAACCCGGUUCGAAUCCUCUCGAACUUUUCUGGGACGUCGUCGACGGACUUGACCAGAGACUAGACGAGAAAAUUGCGACGGCAGAGAAGGCCAUUCAAGCGUACAACGACGAGAGGGCUGGCAAGGAUGGCGUUGAAAUAUUUAAGCUCGCCGCUUCGACUGAACUGUCUGCGUUCCAAGCCAUAGUCACUCACGACGCGGAAAUUGCCAAAGAUAUCAGCAGCACUGACAUUGAGGAGGUUUUCACCACUCUUCACGAUCAGGCGGUCAAGAAACAGAGUGACGAGCGCCGGCGUCAAGAACGGAAGCAGCGACAUCUCCAGGAUGACCUGCGCUACGCUCUCAGGAAGCUCCCCGAACCUCUCAACCUCGACGCAACUUAUGAAGAGGCUGUACCAUUGAUCGAGCACCUACCCGAGUACAAGGCUCUUGAAGACGAAGAAGGACGGCGUGCGGCAUUUGCUAAAUAUGUCAAGAGGCAGAAGGAACGUAUCCGUGAGGCUGCAUCUGAGGACGGUGGUUCGACCACCAGCAGGAAACGCAAAGAGCCAACUCGCGACGACCGGGACCGGGACAGAGACUACCGCGAUCGCACUCGAGAGUACGACCGUGAUGGACGAGGCUCGCGACGCCACCGUGGUGACGACUACGACGGCUACUCUCGCGACUCUCGUGACCGCGACCACAAGGACAGUCGCAGCGGGAAGGAUCGUGAAUACCGCUCGCGCCAUGCGAGAGACGACCGCGACGACUAUCACAGGUCGCGCCGUAGCCCCCGCUCGGAUCAUGGACGCGGAAGUCGACAUGACGAUGCACCUCCUUACGACGAUGAGCGCGACCGCAGUCGUGACCGGCAGGAGAAAAGGCACGAGUCGCCAAGACCUAGUAAGCGUGAAGCUUCUCGCCACGAGGAGCCUGCCAGGUCUGAGAAGCGUCCGAGAUAUGACCCCGAUGUGGAAGACCGCAAGGAAAAGGGCAGGGAAGAGACGCCGGAGGAAGGGGAAAUUUAGUGGCGUUGGUCUCCUUCAGUCCGGUUCACGACUAUGCUCUAAGCAAAUCAGUGUCAGUAGCUCGUAUGUUGGUGGUCAAAUAUCAUGCUUUAAUUGUGCUCCGU